AGGGACCAGAGAGAAAUAGAGAGGAGAGAGAGGAGGAACCCCCGAACGAAAAUCUGCAGAGGGAAAUCAGAGACCCCGAUAGUUUAGUUGUAGUAGUAGAUCUAGGCCUAUGUGACGACGGGUCGGUCGGCGGGUCUCGCCAAUAACAUUCUACUGCCACCAGUGAGUGGUGUCUGUGCCUGUGUAAACAGCAGGGGGGAUCGGCUGAGACUUUGUUGUACAGUAGAGGGGUAUCUGUCUCCUCUUGCACACUGACGUACACACACGUGCGCAUACAUACACGCACAUAAAUACAUACACGCGCAAGUACUCACAUACGUACAUACACAAGUGGGCUCAACGUAUGUUUCCAUCAAGGAUUGUGUUAUUAUUUUAUAACAACUGUGUGUGUUUCUGGAUAUUGACUGGACAAUAAUUCGCUUGCCCAGGAUAACGCAAUCGGAAUUUCGCUCUCUCAAAGGAUAGAUCAGUUUAUUACUUCCUGGAUGACUGUGGUCCUGGUACCUAUUGGAGAAUUUACUGUAAACAACACUAUGACCUAGACGCUGAAUAACACACAAAAGCCACCAUGGAGGGACACACGAGCUGUAGCGUGGAGGAAUGGCUGGACGCUCACCCUGACGACAUGAGUGAGUACUUCCUCAAACGCGCGGACCUCACCCUCAUCAACCGAUGGCUCAGCGCUCACGGCUACAGCCAGCUACAGGCGCCAGAAAUUCCGGUACACGUCAGAAACAGCUCCCUCUCAAAUCUCAG